AUGAUAAUUUUUACAUUAUCAUUAACAAUAUUAUCUAUUGAUACUGUUGAUUCAAUAAGAGUUGCAAGAAUUUCAGUAUUUUAUCCAGAUGCUGAUAUUAAUUCUAUUCCUAGUGGAGAAAAAUGGCAAACAACAAUGAGAAAAAGUAUUUUAGCAUCAUUAAAAUUUAUAAAUAAACAUUGGAAAGUUUGUGGAAAUGUUCAAAAAGAAAAAUCUGUACAAAAUGAUUGUGGUAAACUUCAGGUAACUGGUGAAAGACUUAAUGAUAAAGGAUAUAGAAUCAAUGCAACAUUUACAGCACAAAUGGAUCCAAUAAAAAAUGUUAAAGUUUCUGCAACAUCAACACUUAAAGGUGUCGUACAAAUAGGUUUAAAAGGUGGAAUAUUUCAAUAUACAAAUAGUUUAAAAAUUCUUGGACGCCCAUCAAUGGAUCUCUUGAUUGAAGAAGAUUACUUUUGUUUUCCAGGAACAAGAAAAAUCAAUCAACAUAAAUGUUUAAUCUCUGAUCCUCUCAAAGCUUCUACUUUUAUUGAAAUUUAA